UUUACUUUCCGCUUCAUUCUUUUUCCAUCUCGCUCGCUCGCUCUCCUUUGGCAGAUCUGAGAGUUUUGGACAAAGAAUAAAAACUUGGUAACGAGGGAAACAUGCCUCCGCAGAAGAUCGAGACGGGUCACAGCGACAUUGUCCACGAUGUCGUCAUGGAUUACUAUGGAAAGCGAAUAGCAACUGCCUCAUCAGACGGCACCAUCAAGAUAACCGGAGUGAGCAACAGCGGCGGAUCUCAGCAGCUAGCUACCUUAACCGGCCACCGAGGUCCCGUCUGGCAAGUCGCCUGGGCCCACCCGAAGUACGAUUCGCUCCUCGCUUCGUGCUCAUACGAUGGGCAAAUCAUAAUAUGGAAAGAAGGAAACCAAAACGAGUGGACGCAGUCUCACGUCUUCACAGACCACAAAGUAUCAGUCAACUCCAUCGCCUGGGCUCCUCACGAGCUCGGUCUCUCCUUAGCUUGCGGAGCAUCCGACGGAAACAUUUCUGUUUUCUCGGCCAGAGCCGAUGGAGGUUGGGACACGACGAGGAUAGACCAAGCUCACCCGGUCGGAGUCACUUCGGUGUCGUGGGCACCAGCGACGGAGCCAGGGGCGCUCGUUAGCUCCGGUAUGCACGAACCGGUCUACAAGUUAGCGUCGGGAGGGUGUGAUAGUACGGUGAAGGUGUGGAAAUUCGCAAACGGGUCGUGGAAGAUGGACUGUUUCCCUGCGCUUCACAAGCACAAGGACUGGGUGCGUGACGUGGCGUGGGCACCGAACUUGGGUCUGCCGAAGUCGACGAUAGCGAGCGGGUCGGAAGAUGGGAGUGUGAUCAUAUGGACGGUGGGGAAAGAAGGAGAGCAGUGGGAAGGGAAGGUAUUGAAAGAUUUCAAGACGCCGGUGUGGAGGGUGACGUGGUCGUUGACGGGUAACUUGCUGGCGGUGUCGGAUGGGAACAAUAACGUAACGGUGUGGAAAGAGGCUGUGGAUGGAGAGUGGGAGCAAGUGACCGUCGUUGAGCCUUAGAUUCUUGUUCCUGUUUGUUUGAUUGUCAUUCAUUUUGUUGUAGUAAGUAUCAAAUGUGGUUUGCUUAUUAUACAUUUUUUUUGUUUCUUAGAUACUUGCUUUCUCUCCUUAAAAACACAUGUGUUACGUAUUUUAUUAA